AUGUUAUCAACUUCAUAAUUUAAUCAACUCUUUUGCGAGCUUCCUGUUUGCGCUUAAUGGUUAAGCGCUGUCCUUGUCCGUUUCAUGAUAUGCGUGAUAACCUCUGGGAAACUUCAUUGACAAGAGAAAUGUCAUAAAGGCAUUGGUCGCUGUCAACAAUAAAUUUAGUUUUAUUAAUUUUCUAGUGAGCGUCUGUUGAUUUCUGAUGUGUGGGUCAUGAUGGUUGAUCCGUCUACUGAAGAUGAUGGCAUCCUGCGUGAGUGGGCUCCACUAUCAAAUCUUCUCGGCCAAAUCCCACCCAAAGCCCAAAGAGGGUUAUUUACUGGAGACCUUAAUCUCACCUGUAUUGCAGCGUUACCAGACUUUUUAGCAAUUGGCACCAAUCAUGGGCUUGUUUAUUGGUAUGAUCGACGAACCAAUGAGCUUCAAAGGCUGCGAUGUGAGAAUACUAUUUGUGCCAUAACAUGUAUUGCUGUGGUUUCCACUGUUGACUAUAUGAUUGCAGCAGGAACUAGUAUUGGAGUUGUUAGUGUUUUCUUGGUACCCAAAGUUUCUCCCAGUGACAUUCCUGAUAUUUUUAAGACAAAUACAAAAAAACAGAUAGAGCGAUACACAGUUGGAGAUUUACAUUCGACACCAAUAUCAGCUGUAGAAUGGAGUCCAAAUGGCAUGAAGUUGUUCAGUGGGGAUCAAAGUGGCAUAGUUGUUCUCACUGAAAUUGAUUAUUACAUGCAUCUAAGCAAAUCCAUAGAAAUUCUAAAUGAGAAGUAUGAAGUGGUCCAACUCAGCUAUAAUUCUAGCAAUCAACUCCUACUUGUCUCAACUCUAUACCGAACAAUAAUGUGUCACAAGAGUGCAAGUGACAAUUCGUGGAAAGUUUCCCAAGUUGGAAACAAGGAAAGAAAAGUAUUGGGCAAAAUGGGUGCAACAUUCCUGAACAACCCAAAAAAUCCCCGAUCUCCUGUAGUUUUCUGUAGCCGCCCUGGUUUAAGACUUUGGACAGCAAACAAAGAUGGCACUGUAGAAAAGACCCUUAUUUUCAAAGAAUCAGUGCAUGGUCAGUACCCUCUUAUUCAACUCUUAAAUCCAACCAAGUCCCGGGGGAGACAUUCUCGAGGAGAACUACAGUUUGGACCACUUUUGAAUUUUAAAGAUAAUUUAUUGGUGACUUACACUUCUGAUGCUUUUUUAAUUUUGGACUCAAGUACAAUAAGUGUUAAUGCUGCUCUAUUUGACGUACAAAAAAUAUCUGCCCUGUGCGUCUCAAAAUCAGAAAUAUUUGUUCUUGAAGGAGAGCGGCACUUGAUACGUAUAGGGUUCUCUCCUGAAGAUACAUCCAUAAAGUCUUCUUCAGAUGAGUCUUCAUCAGUGCGAAGUGGAGCUUUUGCCAGUCAAUUGUUUGAACUCACUACAAAGAUCAAGGAUGCCUCAAUCACAUCUGUAAUACCUAAAAAACUCUCACCUCUCUUUUCUCCAACUAAAAGCUCUGGCUCUAGUGAUGGAGAACAAAUAUCAGAAUGUUUUGAAGCUCAAGAAUUACCACCUGUGUUGUCACUGAAUUCUCUCAAUGAAGGUGCUGCUGAAGGGUUACCUGAACUCCUAGUUAGUUCUCCAUCUCAUUUUACUCCUUCAGAAAAAGAAGUAUAUACUAGAGCCCAAAAAAGUGAUAUUGCCCCGCAAAGCAGUACAUUAUUGCAUUCAGAAUUACUGGACCAAAUAGCUCACGAACAGUUUGAAGACAUUGUUUACCAGCCCAAAAGAAAAACUAAAAAGAACAAAGGCAAGCGAAUCACAGCAGCAACAGGCACUGAAUCUGGCUCAGAUUCUACUAGCGUUGUGUCGACUACCUCAGAAAAUGAUGAUAUUUGGGCCAGUGAGCGUUUGGAUGCAGGUAGUGAGUGGAGCAGUAUUAAUACUUCUCGCCGUUCAUCAGUUGAUACACAGUUGAAACCUGAGAACCUUGGUAACCUUGGACAGCACAAUGAAGAAGACAUCAAAGAAUCUUUAGCUGCCAAAGAGCGCCUGCUUGCUAAAAAAUAUAAUUUAGAGGAGGCUCUUGGCAUCAAAAGUAACGAAGAUGAGGCAACAAAUAAUAAGUGUACGCCAACGCAGUCUUGUGUCAACGAAGAGUCGUCUAAUAAUCUUGCUUGCGCAUUCAAGGAUUGUGAGCAAGAAAUACAUUCAAUUGAAGAGUCUAUAGAAAGCACUUCACAAACGUUAGCUGUAUCAGAAGGCACAGAAGCAAGUGAUAAAGAAUGUUUGGACGAUGAGGAGAUGACAUCAUUCAGCAGUGUUAUUAGCUAUGGCGCUCCAUCAGAUUGCAGUCAACUGCCAAGCCAACAUUCUUCCCUUGCUUUAGAACUGAGCGAUGUCAAAGAAGAAAAGAGCAGCUCUGCUGUUUACAAGGAGGCUAUGGAAGCAAGUGGCUGGUUGCAGUUCAAUACGCCAAAACCUGUGAUAUGGGUUGCUGUGUGUAAUUAUUAUCUUGUAGCAAUCGAUAGCCAUGAUGUUGUUCAUUACUGUAGUUUAGGUGGUCUUGGCUUGAAGUGGCAACGAGCAGAUUGCAAAGCAAACCAGUUGGUUAUGUCUCCUAACUCAAAUUGUUUGUGGCGUUUGGAGAAUAAUCUUGCUUAUGCACUAAAAAACCCAGCCACUUCAGGUCCCCAUGGAGAGGAAUGGCAACUAGCUGAAACAAAUGUACGCAGUUUAGCAGUUGCUGAUAAUGUUGUUUGGCUUGUGACACAAGGAGGAGAGGUUUUCUAUCAGAAAGGGCUGAAUAAAGAUGUUCCUCAAACAGAAUCAAUCAAAAUUGAGAAACCCUGUGAAUGGCCAGCUGUGAAAAUCGCGAGCUUCUCUCAGAUUGUAUGGCUCCUGUCAUCGACUGGAGAGGUUUACAUGCGACUUGGAGUUUCAUCUGCUAAGCCUGAGGGGUUGGAUUGGAAACGAGUUAACAUUCCUGUACCUGGAAGUGUUGUUGACAUUGCUCUCGGUUCUCAAAGAACUGGCUGGAUUGUAGACAAUAGUGACACCAUUAUGUUUUCUGUGGAUCAUAUGGAGCACGAUCCCCAUUGGUGGCAGGUUUUGAUAAGUGACUACAUUUUUCAGCAGACCUCACCACUUCAAAGGUUGCGUUCAAAAAUUUCAUUAAAAAACUUGCGUCCAGCAUUACCUGGGCUCCAGAGUCCUUUGUCUUGUGUUGCCUGCGGCCAAGAUUCAGUUUGGAUCUUUCAAAACAACUCCAAUACUCUGCAUGUCAACAAAUCUAAGAUUACAGGACAUUCCUGGUCACGAAUCAAGCUGAAAGGGUCUCCUGAAGGCAUACGCUGGCAAAGUGUCACUUCUGAAGGAGUUUUUGAGACUGAGGGCCAAGUUUGGCUUUUGUCAGCUAAUGGUGAUUUAUUCUGUUCUCAGCCCUACAACAGUAAAAAUUUAAAGCAAAUCUCAUUGCCAUCAUCUGAUGGAGCAGUAUGUCUAGCCGCAUCCUCCCAUGCUUUGUGGCUGCUCACAUCGUCUGGAGCAAUCUACAUAAGGCAAGGUCUCAGUGAGACUUGUUUAGAAGGCAAAGAUUGGACCCAACUCAGCCUCGCACAAAUUGAGGAUGUGCAACUGAGCCAUGUGUCUUGUGGACUAGAUGUUGUAUGGGCCUGUGAUACAGUUGGUAAUAUGCACAUGACAGUGAGUUCGCCACAUGCUAUGGCCACAGCCACUUUUUCCCCUGUUUGGAUUCGUGUACCAGAUAAUAAAGAACAAAAAAAAUUAUAUUUUAUUAAGGUGUUUGUUGGUCCCCAAACGUAUAUGGUCUGGGCAUUGGAUAAUCAAGGCAGAAUUUAUGUCCGAGAGGCAAUUUUUCCAGAUUUUCCUCUUGGUGCUGACUGGGUAGCUGUCACAGGAAUAACGGCUGUAGAUUUGAGUGUGAGCGCAACAGCUGUUUGGGCUUUGUCGGUGAAGGGUGAUGUGUAUAGGCGUCAAGGAAUUACCCAAAACAACUAUAUUGGAGACUAUUGGAGGAAAAUACCAGGUUCUGUUGAAGCUUUAACAGCAUCUAUGUGUGACAGACUGUGGGGCAUUGACAAGAAUGGAACACUUCUCCGCCAUACCCAACUAGUCGUCAGUUUGCACCCAGGUCAUGUGACACCAGCUGCACCUCAGCCGUAUCAACUGCCCUCCACAGGAGCUGAAGAAGACUGGGAGGUACUAUAGUAUGAUAUGAUAAGUGGGUAAAAGCCCUACAUGUUUGACCUCUUCUCAAUCUAUUUCCUAUUGUAUGAAUGUACUCAGUCAAUUGUUGUUUAUGAGCAGGCACCAGGGGGUAAUGUCAUAUAUUGUAAGUGAACAUGUAUUGACUCUGAUGCCCCACCCCACCUGGUUUUAUUUAGCUUUUAGGUGCUAACAAGGAGACAUGAAAUAUUUCAGUGAUUUUUAUAAACUGGCAUUUAUCAGUGAUUUUUAUAAAUUAGCAUUUUUAAAUGAUUUUUACUAAUUUGCACUUUUUAUUGAUUGUUUUGUAUUUUCAUUGUCUCAUGCUAAACAAUCAACUUUUUAUCUUUACUUUUAAAAAUGUUUCUAGGUGUUUGUACCAAAUAUUACUAUUAUUCCAAAGAUGUUAUAAUUUGAACUAAGGUUUUGAUAUAACUGUGUCAAUUAACUGUGAUUUUAUUACACUAUACAACACUUUGUAAAGUGUGAGGUAACUCAUCCAUUGUAAAACCCUGUAGGGGGUUUGGUGCUAAGAAAGAAGUGAUUUUAGUAUUUGUAAGUUCUUAUGUUUUCAAUGAAGCGCUGUUUGGUCUGCUUUGGCAGUCAAAGCAGAUUUAGGUGGAGGUCCUAAAACUUCUCCUUCCUCUACCUUGACCUCUGCUGUGCUGUCAGGCUAGGUAAGGCAUAAUGAAUUGUGUUGAGGUGGAAAGCCUGAAUCUAAUUAAGUCAAUGAAGUGGUGACAGAUGAGCAAGGUGGUGCUUUUUGCUCUGUGUUGCCUGCUUAAGUGUUAGCAUGCACUUUCCCCCUAAAUUGUGGGGAAAAGAGUGUACAUACAGAAAAUAAAAUAAAAUUGCUUAUUUUAUUAGCAAUAAACACA